UCCGGACUAAUGAAAGAACUCAAGCCUCUCUGUCCUGCGAGCCACGACACCCCGUCUCCAAAGAAGGCACGCCUGACGGACGCAGCACUCGACGGCGUCGAGGCGCUCACGAGAGAUGCUCUUGCACCUGAUGAGCUCGGCAGCGGCGGCGGCGGCGGCACGUCACACGCACGCGCCAGCACCCACACCCGCGCCGCUUGGGGCUGGACGGAUCGGCAAGCAGCUUCGCCACUGCCGCUUGCGUCGCAUCCCUCGACGUCCUCGCCUCCUCUCGUGGCCAAGUCGGAGAGCGGCGGCGGCUCAGCGCCGAGCCCCGCUAGCCCGAAGCCGACGCCUCGUUCGCGCGAGCCGCCUGCGACCCCCCCGGGCCCUCGCGCCAAUCCUCUUGCGACUACGGGAGGAGGAGGCGGGGCCGGCGCGGUGCUGGACGCACGCCGCGAGGGGGAAGCUCCCUUUCGAGCCUGACCCCGCUGCAUUUUUGGUCGGGGCGUCCGACCCCUACCCCGAUCCCGAGGUGUCGCUCUCGCUCGACAUGCCGGACGACUCGUCCGUCGAGUCUGCGUUUCGUGCCCUCGGAGUCGGCACUUGGAGCAACUUUGAUGGCAUGCUCCGCUAAGGCACGUUCCUCGCCCGCCUAGCGCUAGCCGCCGCCGCCCCCUUCCGCCCGGGCUGCGACUGCGGCGCCCGCAUCCACAUGGACCAUGUUCCAUCCCCCGCGACCCAUGGCCAGUAGCAGUCGCCGCCGCUCCAUGCUCAUCCCGCGCGGACCUGUAGCAUGCUGAUAUCUCCGCAUCAUGCUCCGCACGAUUUUCCCCUCGGAUGCGGGAUGGUCCCUCUUGCAGCCUGUACUGCCGCGAGAGCCCCACGUGAGAGGCCAGCACUGCCUGUUUGCGUGUUUCCGUUUUCUUUUCCCGUGCUCCUUGUGCCCCGGUGUGCGGUGCGUGCAGUGCCGCUGUCUUGACCGCUCUCUGAUAUGUGUGUGUGGGUGCACUGUGUCCCCCCCCACACACUCUCUGAGUCUGUGUACGCGCGCGUGCACGCCGCGCCGCCGCCAGUGUUAUCUUGCAUGAGCCUCGUUGCGCCCCAGUGUGGCGCCUAUUCUCCCGUGCUGUUUGUUCCUAAUCAAUUCCCCCC